AUGUCGCAAGACUCUGUCUCUGCAUGUGUUGCUUCUCUCUCUUCCGUCUACCAUAAUGGCGCCGAGCUCGUUCAACAAAUCAUAGCUAAAAGAAGAUCUCGCAAUACAUUUCAAGAUGCAUCGAUCGACGUAACAGCCCAAGAGCUGGAAUCAUCGCUGAACCGUGGGGAAAGCACCGUGAGGAAUCAGUAUGAACGCACCUAUAAACGUUGUGGUGACGCCUUCGCACAAGGCGAUCAGUUAGCCCGGGAUGCCCUGCAAGACAUCAUCACUCACCACCAGGGACAGGUCUUUGCAAAUCUAAAAGCGCAAUUGGAGCAAGACACAUUCGUCGACUUCAUCGCCCUCCAGGACAUAUGCGACUCGAGCCAAGAUCGAGCCAUUCUAGUCCUUAUGCAGCUUCAACAGCGUACCAUCUCCUUGGGUCCAAUUGAGACCUUACCUUUGAAUCCCCUCAGUAAAAUUGGUCGGCUCUCUUCUCCUCCACAAAACGCGGCCCAGCCGUCGCGGCAGAACACCAGUUCCAUCACCGUCUCUUCCUCUCCGAACACCUCUAGCGCUAACGGCAAUAUUCUCCAUGUUCGAAAGAUGUCCUUAUCACCUUCCAUUAGACCGAUCACGCCUCCAAGCACACCCAAUACCUCUCAAUACUCCCCACGCUCAGAUUCAGCGCGAGGGUCCAGAGAACGGACGAGCACCGACAGAAGGGAUGCUGCUCAAUACAAGCCAAUGGCUACUACGGUCACCACAACAGGAUUGUUCGGCAUCGGCAAGAGGACGAAAGUCGAGCCUGUAGUCAGUCCUCCAGAAAACCCUCUCGUUGACGAAUACCUGGCUGUGGCAAUAGAAGAUGCAAAUAAUGGACUGUCUAGCAACGCUUCGAUCAGGUCUAGAACCAAUUCCAUAAGCACAGCAGUAAGCUCAAUAUACGAGCCUGACCACCCAGCCUUCAAUUCAUGGCAAGACUAUCAGGCUACAAGCCCAGCUCUUUCACAAAAGCCUACCGACUCUAUCCUAUCCUUCGACACAGUGCGUCAUGCUCCAUCGCACAGAUUUUCUGGCUCCAUCAAAUCUUUCGAUUCCCAGCGUCGUGCUUCCGCGGCCACUGUUGAAACACUCUCAUCUAAUAAGUCGAUCUGUUCAAUCAACCCGAAAGAUCCGCUGCCAAGCGAAAUGAACAAGUACGCCGGCUUUUGCAAAGGCGCUUGGAGACAGCAAAUCGGCGACAGAAAAAGAGCCUUGGAAGAGAGAGUGCGACCUGGAGGCAUGUAUAACGCAGCCAAAUACUACCAAUGCAAACAAUGCAAGUUUGAAGGCCGCUUGAUACCAAUUGACAAGAAAAAAAGUGGAUUUGAUAUGCGAGUCUUCAAGCUUGUGCAAGGAAUACAAUUUCGCUGGGAGUUUAUGUUCAAGAGUCAUAUCCAGGUCAAGGAGGCCUGCUCAGACCCCACAAAAGCCACCUUUGGAUGCAUUUUCUGCUGCGCUGAGGGUAGGGGCACGCCAAUGUUCGGUGGAAUCCAGACUUUCAUGAACCAUCUGGUAGAGCACAGGGAACAUUUUCCCACUGGAGAGGUGCUGUACCGAAUGAAUUGCCUUGUGGGAAGGCAAGCGGCAAUUGACGAGGAUUUUGAUAUCAAUAUCAUCAGCAUCGAGGGAGGAAAGAUAUAG